CUUCCUCUCAUCCUCUAUAAGUCUGACCUUCCAAGUGAGCAUGCUGCAUCAUUGUGAGAAGUGGUGAUUCUGGGCGGCGCAAUAAGUGGAGGAGAGCACAUCAGAGUGCAGGGUAUCUGAAAGCAGCAGAGCACAGAGAGGCAGGCACAUCCGCCGCUGGAGGGAUCAAAUCUGUACCAUCUGACGCUCAAGGAUUUAUGGGUUUAGUCAAAAUUGCUUUUCCCACUGUGGAGAUUAAGCACAGUAGGAUGUUUUCCUGUCAGCCCGUAGAAUAGCCGGGUGUUGCUGCUGCUGUUUUGCUCCCUGUUAUCGGCUCCGGCGCUGGAGAAGGCAAUGUCUCAGGAGGGCAGAGUGCUCCAAACCCUGGUGGGAAGUGGAUUCUGAUUGACAGGAGUGGUCCCGUCCUCUGGGGAAUGUGAGCCAUGCAGGUGGAAAUGGUACUCAUGCUUUUCUGUGUUUGGCUGGCGGGCACAGCUGCCAAGAUGGUUCAGCCAAGAGGUCACAAGCUGGAAACCUACAAACAAAGCAGGUCACGAAGAGAAACCAGAAUGGAGGGAGGAGGAGGUCAGAAGACUGGAAGCCCAAUUUAUAAACGGAGUCCGGACCUGACAAAAAACCCGAUGACGAAAUCGGAGCAGCUCCUGAGGAUAGAUGAUCACGAUUUUACCAUGAGACCAGCGUUUGGAGGUCCUCCGAUACCUGUUGGAGUAGAUGUUCAGGUGGAAAGUAUUGACACCAUCUCUGAGGUGGACAUGGACUUUACAAUGACGUUAUACCUGCGUCACUACUGGAAAGAUGAGCGGCUGUCGUUCCCAAGCAAUAACAACCAGAGCAUGACUUUCGACAGUCGCCUGGUGAAGAAAAUUUGGGUUCCCGACAUGUUCUUUGUCCACUCUAAGCGCUCUUUCAUCCAUGACACCACCACUGACAACGUCAUGUUGAGAGUUUAUCCUGAUGGCAAUGUGCUCUACAGCCUCAGAGUCACGGUCACUGCUAUGUGCAACAUGGACCUCAGUCGCUUCCCCCUGGACACCCAAACCUGCUCGCUGGAGAUUGAGAGCUAUGCAUACACAGACGAUGACCUGAUGCUGUACUGGAAGAAAGGAAAUGAGUCCCUGAACACGGACGACAGAAUAUCUCUCUCCCAGUUCCUGAUCCAGAAAUUUCACACCACCACAAAGCUGGCUUUUUACAGCAGCACAGGCUGGUACAAUCGUUUGUACAUCCACUUCACCCUGCGGCGCCACAUCUUCUUUUUCCUGCUGCAGACUUAUUUCCCCGCCACUCUGAUGGUGAUGUUGUCCUGGGUUUCCUUCUGGAUUGAUCGCAGGGCCGUGCCUGCCAGGGUGCCGCUAGGAAUCACCACAGUGCUGACCAUGUCCACCAUUAUCACCGGAGUCAACGCCUCCAUGCCACGGGUGUCCUACAUCAAGGCAGUGGACAUUUACCUCUGGGUCAGCUUCGUCUUUGUCUUCCUCUCGGUGAUAGAGUACGCAGCUGUGAACUACCUCUCAACCGUGCAGGAGAGGAAAGAGAGGAAGCUCAGGGAGAGACUGCCGUGCACAUGUGGAAUUGGCAACCCAGACGAAAUGAUGAUCGACCCACAGAUCAGUGGCUAUGGGUCCUUGGAUGUCAACAACACAGGAAAUUAUGGGAUACCUGAGAACGGUGGUCGCCAGGAGCGAAUUCUGGCCCAGGUGGCGCUAAAUGACCCUCAGAUCACGUGUCAGGUGAAGGGAUCCAGAGGCUACGUUAACAUCUGGAUUGACACCCAUGCCAUAGACAAGUACUCAAGGGUUCUCUUUCCUGGAGCAUACAUCCUCUUUAACAUCAUUUACUGGUCCAUUUACUCAUAA